CGCGCAGGCACCCCCCGAGCCCGCGCCCGCGUCCCCGCCCCAGGAGACACACCACCUCAAAAGCUCGGACACGAGCUUCGUUCCCUCCCCAUUAAGCCUCCCCCUUCCCUCCGCCCCAAUCUCAGCUCGCCCGCCCCUCACUGCCAUCCCACCAACGCCGCCGCGCUCCGGUCCCUAGCUAGCUCGCUCGCUCGCCGGUGGUCCCCGCAAAUCGUUUCUUGUUUCUGGCUAGAGCACAACCUUUUGGUUUUGUCCAGCCUCCCGCUUCGCAUCCCCUUGCGUGAGGCCAUGGCCGAGGUCCCUGGAGCUGCCGGCGCCCUCGGCUCCCCGCCCCGGGAGGUCGUGGACGCCCCAGAGCGCGCGGCUGCUCUUCCCUCCGCGGCCGGCGAGCUCGGCUCCGCCGCCGAUGCUGAUAAGGAGGUUCCUGGAGGUUCGGAGGUCAGCGGCGCCGUUGGCACCGACAAGGCAGCCGGUCUGUGUUCCGGCGCCGAGCUCGAAUCGGCGGAGCCGGGUGUUUCGGAUGCGAGAUUAGAAGCUCCGGCGGCGCGAAUCCACGGACAGAAGCUGGGUUGCGGGAGUACGGGUUCCGAUGGAGCUGCCGCAAUCAGCCAUAUCCCCUCACCGGUUGAGCCGUCUCCGUCAGACGCCAGUUCGAAUUCAGACACCAACACCACCCCUGGGGCCAUUAGUGGUUCUUCUUCCCCUGCGGAGGGGUCCCUAUCCCAAGCAGAAGCAGCUGAUUCUCGAGGACGCGAGCCAGAAGCACACGAAGAGCCAACGGGCGCGCGUGGGGCGCCUGAUGCUGCAGCUGCGGUGGCCUCUAGCGAGCUCGCAGUCGAGUCCAGAGGGGAUUUCGACGGUCAAAACGGCCUUAUCCAAGGGGAAUUGGAGUUGCGUGCCGGUGGCUUUUUGCGUGGCGAAGGGGCAGAGGCGGAGCCUGAGGCCCCAGACGCCUCCACGACGCAGGCCAAGGAAGGAGUGGACGGGAUGGAGACGAGGUUGGAUGACUCUGAGGCUUCAGACGGCUCGACCACGCAGGAGGACUCUGACAACGACGUGGAGACGGAGUCCAGCAGCUCCAGCGUAGAGGAACAGGACGCGGGAUAUGGCGUCCACGUCCCACUCAUGGAACAAGUGACCUGUGAGGUGGCCAGGGAGAACAACACUUCAGAGACGAAGAGCUCUGAUAGGAUGGAUUCACUAGCUGUAUCAACACUUGUAUUGGCUUCAGGUGCAGCCAUGUUACCUCAUCCUUCAAAGGUGCACACAGGUGGUGAAGAUGCUUAUUUCAUAGCUUGCGACGGCUGGUUUGGUGUAGCGGAUGGAGUUGGUCAGUGGUCAUUUGAAGGAAUCAAUGCGGGGCUGUAUGCGAGAGAGCUAAUGGAUAGUUCCAAAAAAAUUGUCAUGGAGAAUCAAGGGCCACCAGGGAUGAGAACCGAGGAAGUUCUUGCUAUGGCGGCAGUUGAAGCACGAUCCCCUGGUUCUUCAACUGUCUUGGUUGCUCACUUUGAUGGGCAGGUCCUUCAUGUAUCUAAUAUUGGCGAUUCAGGAUUACUGGUGAUAAGAAAUGGACAAGUAUAUACACAAACAAAGCCGAUGACAUACGGUUUCAAUUUCCCGUUGCAAAUAGAAAAUGGUGUUGAUCCUUCAAGACUUGUACAGAAUUACGCUAUCGAUUUACAAGAAGGUGAUACCAUCAUAACAGCGUCAGAUGGUCUGUUCGACAACGUCUACGACCAUGAGGCGGCAGCCAUUGUCUCGAAAUCUCUAGAAGCCGACCGAAAGCCUACGGAGAUCGCGGAGCUCCUGGCUGCGAGAGCGAAGGAGGUGGGCAGGUCCGGGUCCGGGAGGAGCCCGUUCUCGGACGCGGCGCUCGCAGAAGGAUACCUGGGCUAUUCCGGGGGCAAGUUGGAUGAUGUAACAGUUGUCGUGUCCAUUGUUCGGAAAUCUGAACUAUAGACUGUUGAUAAGUUGUAUUUCUAUAUCUGAUGGCCAUGGCCGCAGCAAGUUGCGAGCCAUAUUGGGAUAGAGUUCAAAUGAUUGCAUCUUGGGCCUGAAGAAUGACCCAAUUCUUUAGCUUC